AUGGCAGCUGUAAGAGGCAUUAGCGAGGUUGGAGGAUCCCAGAAUAGCGUUGAGAUCGAUGAUCUUGCUCGUUUUGCUGUCCAGGAUUAUAACCAAAAACAGAAUGCUCUUUUGGACUUUGGGAAGGUUGUGAAUGCGAAACAACAGGUAGUUGCUGGAACCAUGUAUUAUAUAACACUCGACGCGACUGAAGGCGGAAAGAAGAAAGUAUAUGAAGCCAAGAUUUGGGUGAAGCCAUGGGAAAACUUCAAGGAAGUUCAAGAAUUCAAGCCUGUUGGCGAUGGCCCAAAUGCUUGA